UUACUUCACGACAGUAUUCUCGACACUAUCGUCAAUCUUGGCCUCUCUUUCGAUCGUUAGAAGGGCGUGUCCCUCCUUAUUACUAGUCAACGGACCGGGAACCUGCGUACCUGUGGUCGCCGCCGUCAUUGUGCUAGAGGCGUUUGGACUCCUAUCUG